CCAUCAGAUCGGACCUGUGAGAAAAUCCUGGAAAAUUAGCAGCAAUGUUUGUUUUUGCGCCUCUGACUGUGGAAAUGUUUGCAUGCUGAAAAAAAGAAAAUGCCUCAAGAUGAAAAGUCAAGUGUGAGGGAAAAGAGCGAGAGAGUUGAUUUUGACCUCAAAGAGAGCGCGCGGUUCCAAAACAGCAUGAAUACUGCGGGAGACGCGCACCACGCCACCGGAUAGUGGAGAGGAGAAAGGGAAGAAGCGCACAGUUAUUUCAUACUGUAAUCCAAACGGUCACCAGCACUCCCUCCUUCAAUAUGGAUGGCUACAAUUGGACCUCAAUAUCUGAGAAUGCCAGCAUCACUUCCUCCAUGUCUUACGCCAGCUCCCCCACCCCCAGUAACAAUAUCUCAGACGUGCCCGCGCCAAUGCCCUUCGAUGUGGUCACUGCAGUUGUCUACACCAUCGUCUUCAUUAUGGGUCUUCUGGGUAACACGCUGGUCAUCUACGUGGUGGUUCGCUACGCCAAGAUGAAGACAGUAACCAACAUGUACAUCCUCAAUUUAGCCUUGGCAGAUGAACUUUACAUCUUGGGAAUUCCCUUCCUAGGUACUAAUAGUGUGCUUUCCUACUGGCCAUAUGGGGAUUUCUUCUGCAAGGUGUGCAUGACUGCUGAUGCCAUGAGCCAGUUUGCCUCCACCUUUUGCCUGACGGUGAUGAGCAUUGACCGCUACCUGGCCGUGGUUCAUCCUAUUCGCAGUGCCAAAUGGCGGAAGCCACGGGUGGCCAAGACUUUUAAUGGCAUAUUGUGGGUUGUGUCCUUUCUGAUUGUGCUGCCAGUCACAAUCUACUCGCAUGUACAGGAGGAACUCAACACCUGCAACAUAACCUGGCCUGAGCCACGGGAGUUAUGGUCCAUUGUCUUCAUCCUCUACACAUCCAUCCUGGGCUUCUUUGGUCCUCUGGUUGUCAUCUGCCUCUGCUACCUUCUCAUUGUCAUAAAGGUGAGGUCAGCAAGUGUGCGUGCAGGCCUGACCAGGCGGCGUAGGUCGGAGCGUAAGGUGACGCGCAUGGUGGUGAUUAUUGUUUUGGUGUUUGUACUUUGUUGGCUGCCCUUCUUCACAACCAACAUCGUCAACCUGAUUCAUAUCAUCCCUGAGAACAAGACCACCGCUGCAGUCUACUUCUUCCUGGUCAUCCUCACCUACGUCAACUCCUGCGCCAACCCCGUCCUCUACGGCUUCCUCUCUGACAACUUCAAGCAGAGCUUCCAGAAGGUGCUCUGCGUCCACAAACCAAAUGGCGCUGACACUACAGACCAGAUGGGGAGUAAAAAGAAGGAACCCAAGGAAAAUCACAAUCCAAUUCUCUCACCCAGAAAUCACACACAGAACGGAAAAAUGCAGAUCACUCAGCAGCCUGUCCAGAUGGAGGUUAUUGGGGACCUUGACAGUUUGUCAUUAACGUCAAAAACAGUGGUCAAUGGCCAGUCAGCGCUAUGAGUGCACUACCACAUGGGACUUGGAUGAUUUCCUGUCUUUAAUGCUGAUGCUCCCUCUCUGACUGGGACAUUUGUGGAGAGGACAAGAGGAGCAAAGUAGAAGAGAAAAGUACUUACAGCAUUCAUCACAGAGCUCAGCAUUUUUGUUUGUUGUUUAUAUCUUUGUACUCUUACUAGAUUAGCUGCAUUGUACAAAGCAUUUGUUUAUGUAAUUAUGUAAGAUCUAAGUAAAAUACAAAAUAGUCAUGAGACUUUAAAAUGCUUAUGGCUGUAUUCUAAAAUUCUCAAAUAGCUGUAUUUACGGUAGCUAGCUUUUUUCUGAUGUGCUUUUAUUUUAUUUGCUGCUGAUGCUUUUUGAUGUAAAUGCAAACGCAAAACUUUCUCUAUGUUUACCUGUUAUCUUGAUAAAUUCAGUAUAAUGUGCAUUCCACAGCACUAAGACACAUCUGUUGACAAUACAAGUUAGCUUCACACCAAAUGACUGGAAUUAAUCAAUGAGUGAGAACAGGAUUUCUGUUAAAGCAAUCUUAUGACAUUUUGGAAAUACACUUAUUAGCAUCCUGAGAAGAAUUACAUGAGAAGAUUGAGGCCACUCUCAUAUUUUAUAGCUUAACUUAGGAAAUGGGGAAAGAGCUAACCUGGUUCUGCCUAAAGUUAACGCAAUCUGCCUAUCAGCACCUGUUAAACCUGUGCUGAUUAUUCACGUAUCUCUUAGAAUGGAGGUCGCUAGAAUACUCUAGUAAUACUAGAAUAUUUUAUUAUUUAUUAAUAUUUUAUUUAAUCAAAAUCCCUCUUUUCUUUUUCUGUGAAACGUAAUGCGAUUACUCAUCUUGAACUCAGAGGCGUUUUAUUUGCUUUAUGGAAUGUUAUUUGGAGUAACUACCUAACCCUGCCCAUCAUAUAAAACCGCACUUGACUGUACAGCUACCUGUCAUCUAAUGCUCAACUAGAAAGCAAAUAAGUAUAUUUCCCUGAAAAGUGCAACUGUUCCUUUAAGAAGAGAAACUCAGGGCACUAGAGUGAUGGAAUUUGUGCUGUGGAAAAAUAUGUCAUGCUGCAUUUACCAUGUGAGCCAUUGUAGUACAGGUAACUUCACCCCUGUUCAGUGAUUUUUUUCACCAGGCCUUUAUUGGGUGUCACACAAGCUAUUGUUUGAAACUCAGCUACAGUUCUUUCCUUAGUUUGAAAAUGUAUAGUAUUUAAUGGAAUCUCCUUUACUAGAGUGAGCACUUUUCUGCUGGUUACUAUAAAGCUGGUUAAAAUAUUGAUAUUUUAUUUUAAUAUAAUAUUAAGAUGCUCACAACAAUUACAUUUCUUUUGGCUUUUUAAGUUCUUACUGGCUUUUUGUGACAUUUUGACUUCAAUGUUACAAAGCUGUGAAAAAGGUCUUGCAAUAGCACAGCCAAGUUAUGCACAUCCUCUAGUGGAUGUAUCUCUUCUCUCUCACAUUUCUAAAACAACAACCACUGGAGUGGACUCCAUGCUGUCAUUUUUUUCAUCCUGACUCGCCAUUUAGCUGCUGGACUGUGAGCUUUAACAUUUCAUGCAACAUUAUUGGAAGUUGCUGGACAACACUGUGGCAUGUCCAUAGUUGUAGCUUGAGCCAAGCAGGACCAUGUUAGUGUUUAUGGUGAGUCUGAGCUUCUUUAAAAAAAAUACCCAGAAAGAUGGACCUGUGGAAACAUGGAUACCUUACAGGAGUCAAGGGAUUUAUCUGUGUUAGAAACACUGUGAAUUUCAAAAUAUAGGUCAUUUUGAAUAUGGAGUCUUGAGUUCCAUGACAUACUCACAUACAGUAUAUAAUAAAAAUGUUAACACAGUCAAUCGAUUAAAAGAAGCCAUUAUGAAUAUUAAUAAACGAUCAAGUCUGUGUUGCAUGUUCACCCUGCUGCAUUAAUCCUACACAGCACAAUGUGGGGCUGCUAACAUGUGCCUGUGUGAAACAGAGCUUUUAUGUGUGCAUCUAUCCCAUUAACAGACAGUUGAUGUUUAUUAUUGCUGUGAUUUAUCAAUAUUAUGGUAGGUUAAUGUUUCAUACUGAAGAAAUUGAUUAUUUCCAGUGGCAGCUUUAUGCUUAAAUGUUAAUGUCUCAACAUAAACUAAUUUUGUGUAAUUUUGGGGGGAUAUUUGUAAUGGGGGGCAAGAAGUAUGUUUUUUAUUCUCUGGGCAUUGGGACAGAUUUGGAUGUAUUAUUUGGUACGCCACAAAAAUAAAGCAUUUACAUAAAAAUCUGAAAAGCUGGUGUCAGCAAAAUGAAGGGAGGCAGUUCAAAGUUUCCCAGUGAGCUGACUUUUUUCUUUGUUGAUAAUAGUGGUGAGGUUUUGUUUGUUAUUUUUUCCCAGGUUGAUGACCUAGCAGCCCUUUCACUGUUACUUUAAUAAAUGCCAUUUCAAAAUA